AUGGCUGCAGGUAUAAGCAACACCAUCAUUGCAAUGAUCAAUUUCAUCACCCUAAUAUUUGGCCUUAUAGCCGUCUGCACUGGCAUAUACCUCUUCGCACACGGCGGCACUACCCACUGCCAGAAGCUCAUCCAAACCCCUAUCACGAUAAUGGGUUUGUUUGUGAUGGUGGUUUCGUUCUUGGGGUUGAUGGGUUCUUGCUACAGAGACAACUCUGUACUUAUCACUUACUUGGUUGUCAUCUUCUUUCUCAUUGUUGGGAUCAUAGCCUUCACAAUUUUCGUUUUCUUUGUCACUCAUGAAGGUGCUGGUAACGCAGUCUCUGGGUUAGGGUUUAAGGAGUAUAGGUUGCAAGAUUUCUCUAAAUUUUUUCAGAAACAUACUUUCGAUUAUAAAAAUUGGGAUCGCUUCAAGAGUUGUUUGGUUGAUGCUCAUUUUUGCCAGAGUCUUAUCCUCAGUGCUGAUCAUAAUGAAUCUGAUUUUUAUAAGAUGAAAUUAUCUCCACUUCAGUCCGGUUGCUGCAAGCCACCGACAUCUUGCAAGCUGGAAUAUAAGGAACCAACAGUGUGGAUGAUGCCCAAAUCAGGGCCUGCAGUGAAUGACACAGAUUGCAGCACAUGGAACAAUGGACAAGACUUGCUAUGCUACGAUUGCAAUUCCUGCAAGGGUGGAUUUUUAGCCAAUUUAAGGGAAGAAUAUAGGAUUUUGCUUGCCUAUAACAUCCUAACGAUUGCCUUCCUCAUUCUUGUUUAUUUCAUUGGUUGCUGUGCUAGGAGAAGCAACAAAUAUCGAUAUGUUAAGUAUAGCCCCUACGUUAACGUUUGA